AUGCCUCCCAUUACCAUUCAUACCGCAAGCCCAAUUGUGGCAGCAAAGCCAUCAGGAGUCACUCCAAAAACAGCUUCAUCGGACGAUGAAGGAACACCUUCUAAUCAACCAGCGAGCAAUGAAGUGCCUACUACAACUGCCACUGCCACUUCCACUUACCCGGCAGCUCAACCUGGAGCCCGCCCGUCCAUGCCAGCUCCAACCGGAGCACCGCAAGCUUCCGCAUCCAUCCAGCCGACACCGACUCGGAGCGCACUAGACUCUAGCCCUCCAGCUCCGCAGCCGGGAGCAGUACCGGAACCACCAAGCGGAUCUUACCUUCCACCGCCUCCAAAGACUGGAGAGACGUUAAGUGAUGUCCACACGCAGCCUACACAAAUGCCUCCUCAGAUGUCCUACGCUCCUGUAUCUAGCGGUUCGGAGUUCACCGCACCUCGUUCUUCAACGGUAACAGCGCCUGGCCCGUCACCGAUGGCUGGCCCGGGCCCAACGGCCGUGCUGGGCGGAACCGGCGGUAGCGAUUUUUCUCACCCACCAGGCUAUCACCAGAACGUGCACGCAUCUGAGUUUACCAGCUCACAGCGGGCUGCACAUGAGGCUUCAGUAGCACAGGAACGCAGGCCAUCACUGAUAGGCGAUGAUGAGGGGGAGGGAGUCUGGUCGGCCGCCAAGAAGUGGGCUUCAGCCGCUGGCGAGAGCCUUGCUGCAGCUGAGAAUGAAGUGUGGAAGCGAAUCAACAAGGACUAG